GACUAUCCAAGAUGGCGCUGCGCACAGUUUGUGCUGCUGCGCUGCGAACUGGGACAGAUUUAGGGGUCAAUAACGCGAGGACUAUUGCUACAACAGCGGUCCUCAGCAAACGGGCGCGUCCGCUGGGUCCCAUGCCCAAUGAUGACAUCGACACAUCGAACCUGGAGUCUCUGGAGACCUACCGCAGCUACAACCGCUACUUCCGACAGGCCGAGGAGGCCAAGAACAAGCGCGUGUGGUGGAAGACCUACAGGAGCUACGUGGAAAAAGCAGAUCCCGAGCACGGUGCCGAGCGCGUGGACAUCGGACUGCCGUACUGGCCUCCCAGCAGAACCAAAGUGGUGAAGGAGAGGAGGCAGGCAAUGAGUGAAAACAAGAGGAACGUCGAGCUGGAGAGGGCCUCCCGACUUCGUACUUUGAAGAUCCCCUUGGCCCGAGUGCAGGAAACCUGGGAGAAGACCGGCGGACCGUUCGACAUAAAGAAGCUGGCCGACCACUACGGGGUCUUCAGGGACCUCUUUCCAAUGGCGUAUUUUCUACCACAGGUCACCCUCCGCAUCAGCUACAGUCAGGACACAGAUGGACAAGUGCAUUAUGGGAAUCAGCUGACGCCUACAGAAGCAGUGUCGGCCCCCCGGAUCGCCUUUGACGCAGAGGAGGGUUCCCUAUGGACCCUCCUGCUUACCUCUCCAGACGAGCACCUUCUGGAUAACGAGGCAGAGUACCUCCAUUGGCUUGUCGGGAACAUUCCAGGCGGGGCGGUGCAGGCCGGAGAGGAGCUGUGUCACUACCUGCCGCCCUUCCCUGCCAGGGGAACCGGCUUCCACCGCUAUGUCUACGUCCUCUUCAAGCAGGAAAAACCCAUCAGCUUCCGGGAAGAUCUCCGCGCAUCGCCAUGCCACUCGCUGGUUGACCGCACCUUUAAGACCGUUGAUUUCUACAGAAAGCACCAGGACGACAUGACGCCAGCAGGCCUGGCCUUCUUCCAGAGCCAGUGGGACCAAUCGGUUACCAACACCUUCCACAACACACUCAACAUGAAGGAGCCGGUGUUCGAGUUCAUCAGGCUUCCAGUGUACCACCCUCCACAGGUCAAGUAUCCACACAGGCAGCCGCUGCGCUACCUGGACAGGUACAGAGAUGGGAAGGAGCACACCUACGGCAUUUACUGAUCAGGAGAAACACGUCCGACCGGAAAUCCAGUCUGGAAAGUGUGGAAUCGUCUAAAUAAACCAUUUCUUAACCGUUUCAGAGACUGGUCUUUAGUCUUGUGACAACAGCUCAUUGUCCUCAAUCAGAUGCAUAUUUUUAAAACGUUUAUUAAAAGUGUCGAUUUUUAACUCUUACUGAGGAAUAGGAACAGAAUCAGUGCCACCAGUGCGACUGGUAAACCACAAUUGUACAGUAAAAAAUAGUCGUGGGCCACAAAAGUUGCAUCUCUCUUUUUAUAAAAAGCAAAAAAAUCCAAAACAAUUCUGUUGUAAAAAUAAAUGUUUUAUUGAAAUUUUGUACAAAUUUGAUGCAUUUACCUUAUUUUCUGCAGAUGGGUCAGUGUAACUCAGGUUUCUAUCUUUAACUUAGUUUAAAAUGCACCUUAUUCCGGUUUUCUUUUCAAACUUGUUCUAUUCGGCCUUAUUUUCAGUUUAAUUAAUUGCUUAAUGGACACAAUGAAUUCAAACGAAUCUGGUAAAAAAAAAAAAAAAAAAAAA